UAUUGUUCCAAAAACAACCAAGAAUUAAAGUCAAAGAUCAAUUUAUACUCAGCUAGCUGAAGACAUAUGGAAGCAACUUCUCUUGCAGUGCCCUUUGUUCAAGAACUAGCAAAGGAGAAACCGACUAGAGUUCCAGAGCGUUAUGUUCGCCCUCAGAAUGAGCGUCCAGUAUUAUAUUACUCUAGUACAACUCCUUUGCCUCAAGUUCCUGUUAUUGAUCUCAGCAAACUGUUGUCCAAAGAUCACAAGGUACCUGAGCUGGAGAGGCUGCAUCAAGCAUGCAAAGAAUGGGGUUUCUUUCAGUUGAUAAAUCAUGGAAUCAACACCUCUCUAGUCGAAGAGGUGAAGAGAGGUGUUAAAGAUUUUUUCGAUCUUCCAAUGGACGAGAAGAAGAAGUUUGAGCAAAAACAAGGAGACGUCGAAGGGUAUGGUCAACUCUUUGUGGUUUCUGAGGAUACCAAACUUGAAUGGGGUGAUAUGUUUUUCAUGUUCACGUUGCCACCAGAAAAGAGAAAACCCCAUUUAUUCCCAAAGCUACCGUUAAAAUUCAGAGAUGAUUUGGAGAUUUAUUAUGCGGAAAUGAAAAAACUUGCUAUUCAGAUCCUUGAGCUAAUGGCCAAUGCCCUCACAAUAGACACCACAGAAUUGACAAAGCCCAUUGCUUCAGGGACUCAACUAACGAGGCUUAAUUAUUAUCCUCCAUGCCCUCAACCAGAGCUUGUCAUGGGAGUCAAUGAUCAUUCUGAUGCUGGUGGCCUCACCAUCCUUCUCCAAGCCAAUGAUGUUGAAGGUCUUCAAGUAAGAAAAGAUGGACUGUGGAUUCCUAUUAAACCCCUCCCUAAUGCUUUCGUUGUUAACAUUGGGGACAUAUUGGAGAUAAUGACAAAUGGGAUUUAUCGAAGCGUCGAACACAGAGCAACGGUUAACUCUGAGAAGGAAAGGCUUUCCAUUGUCGCGUUUAACAACCCUAGUACAGAAUCAACUUUAGGUCCAGCACCAAGCCUUGUUACACCAACAACACCAGCAGUGUUCAAAACAAUUGGUUAUGGAGAAUACCUAAGUGGGUUCUUGUCACAAGAACUUCGUGGAAAAUCUUUCCUUAACAGCCUAAGGAUUGAAAAUGAAAAUGAGUAAAGCUAAGAAAAUUCAUGGAGAAAAGCACAAAAGUUGAUUAUAGGGCACUGAAGCUUCAAUGUUUGAUGGUGCUAUAUAUUGGCCUCGAUUAAUUGGAGUUAAGCAUGUUGAAUAAGGUAUUGUGUAAUUGUGUCCUCACUAAAUAAUAUGUAUGCAUAUUAUCAUGUACUCGCUAAAUAAAUUGAGGCUAUGUUCUACCAUGUUGUAUAAGAGUAGAAUAGACUAUUUGAACAUGUUAAAUAGUAUAUGUGUACUAUUCGAAUAAA